UUAAAUCUUCAGUCGUCUGCUUUCUCUGCUGUCAUCCAGUCAUCGACCUUCUUGACUGUUGAUGACUAAAGUUCCAAGGAACACCUGCUGAUUGCACAAUCAUCAACUUGGUGAAAAAGUAUUCUUUUCCACCCAGUUUUCUGUAGCCUUGUCAUGUUUUUUUAUUCAGUACUACAGUCAUAAUAUUUUUUAAAUAACAUGACUUCUUCUGGAACAACUUUACAACAAGCUAUAGAGCUUGGAAAAAGAGCUGUGUUACUUGAUCAAGAAGGAAAACAUGAAGGGGCUGCCUACUUUUAUGAACAAGCUGCUGUUGCCUUGGAAGAAAUAGUAGCUACAAAUUCAAUUGCACAGUCUGCAACUUUGACUGUGAAAGCGAAUGAGUAUAAGCAACGAGCUACAUCAUUAAGAAAUUUAUAUUUGUCAUCCAAUGUCAUGCCUUCAUUGACAGAGGAACAGCAAUCAAUUUUAAAUAAUGCCCGCAACUCAGUUAAUAAAGCUUUGGAGGUUGAUGAAAUGGGAGAGCAUAAAAAGGCUUUACCACUCUACAUAGAUGCUGUUGAAGUCUGCAGUUCUGCUGCUAAAGCAACAUCAGAUAAAAACCUUCAAUCAAAACUGACCAAAUUAGCAAUGCAAGCUUUAAAUCGCGCUGAAGAAUUGAAGAUGAAACCUCAAACAAACAAUAAGACAUCAGCUUCACCAGCAGUAUCAGAAAGUGCACCAGUUGAACAUCUUUCUGUUUCCAACUUAAAAGUGUCUGGGGCCCAGACUUAUUCAAGCGAAGAAAAAAAAGUUUUAGAAAUUACAUCUAUGAUAAAUGGACGAGAAUAUGUUCCUUUCAUGGCCGGUGAUCUGCAAGAACGUUUCAUUUUAUUAUCUACUUUCUCGGACAGACAUGGAAAACUAUCUCUUUCGCCAAAACAGAAGAAAUCAUUUUCGAGAUGGGCAAGGGCGGAAGAAAUAAGUGCUGACCCGAAAGUGAUUGAAAACAUUGACUGCUUUAGUAUUAAACAGACUGUGGUUUCUGAUUGCUCGUUCGUCGCUUCUCUGGCUGUUUCUGCCCAGUAUGAAAAACGUUUCAACAAAAAACUCAUCACCAACAUAAUUUAUCCGCAGAAUAAAAGUGGCAUGCCAGUUUACAAUUCAUGCGGUAAAUACAUGAUCAGAUUGCGUAUUAACGGAGUUUCUCGAAAGGUUGUUAUUGAUGAUUAUUUACCCAUGGGACGUCACGGAGAACUUCUUUGUUCAUAUUCAGUAAAUCGGAACGAAUUGUGGGUUUCCUUAUUGGAAAAAGCUUACAUGAAGGUUAUGGGAGGAUAUGAUUUUCCUGGGUCAAAUAGUAACAUCGAUUUGCACGCCUUGACCGGCUGGAUACCAGAACGUGUCGCUUUGAAAUCCAGCGGUGGAGAAGAGUUUAAAAAGGAAGAACUUUUCAAGAAACUUUAUGACAGGUUUCAUAAGGGUGAUGUCCUUGUUACAGUCGCAACGGGCGAAAUGAGUGAAGCGGCAGAAGUUCGAACUGGAUUGGUUUCAGCACACGCCUACGCCCUUCUAAACAUACAAGAAGUGAAAGGAAUCCGUUUGAUUAUGCUUAAAAAUCCUUGGUCACACGUUCGAUGGAAAGGCAAUUACUCUGAACUCGAUGCCAAUCAUUGGACGGAAAACUUGAAAAAGCAGUUGAAUUAUAAUCCAGAAAGUGCUGCAAACUUCGACAAUGGAGUGUUUUGGAUAGAUUACGAUAGUCUGUGUACUUUUUUUGACGUCGUAUAUCUUAGCUGGAAUCCUUCUCUCUUCACCCACACUUUUUCAAUUAUUGGCUGUUGGAACGCUGGCUCAGGACCGGUUAAAGAUUUGUACAAUAUUGGAGAGAAUCCUCAAUUCAGCUUAACAGUGCGUAGUCCUGGGUCUGCAGCCGUCUGGAUUCUUCUAUCGCGGCAUAUUACUGACAUAGACGAUUUCCGAGAAAAUAAAGAAUAUAUAACUGUUCUAGUAUACAAGAACAAAGGGAAACGUGUAUAUUAUCCUGCCGAUCCGCCGCCUUAUAUCGAUGGUAUCCGCAUUAAUAGUCCUCAUUACCUAUGCAAGCUUCUUCACACGCAAGCAGGCGUCGAACGCUACACUCUCGUCAUUUCACAGUACGAGAAAUCUAAUACCAUAAACUAUAGUCUCCGGGUGUAUAGUUCUUGUUCAAUUGAACUAAAAAAAAUAACGAAUCCGUACAGAUUCAAAGAUGAAAUAAGAAAGGAUGGCUGGAAAGGAGUUAGUGCCGGUGGCUGUGGAAAUAAUCCUCGUACCUAUUCAAAUAAUCCGAAAUAUCAAUUUACUUUAGAAAAGACGAGCGAUCUUUUAAUCGACCUUAAAGGUCCGAAAGAAUUUUUAAUUGGAUUUGACGUCACAUGCAUUUCACUCUGCGAUAAUGAUUCUUCGUCUGGGACAUUUACAAAAAAAUCCUCGGGCGCAUUUAGAUCAGGAUUUGUGAUAUUAGAACUGGAGAAUGUUCCUGCGGGAAUAUAUCAAAUAGUUCCAUCGACGUUUCAUCCUGGACAGGAGGGGUCAUUUUUCCUUACCAUCCAGUCGCCUAAUCAAAUCAAACUUAAAAAAAUACAGUGAGUUUAUAUUAUCGCUGCCAAGCCUUGUGCAAUAAAUAGGUUGCUAUGGCAAUCACAGAAAUUGUGA